CAGCCACCGGUAGUAACUCAGAAGCAUCAACGUUCCAUUCCAUUUCCAGCGGAGUUCGGAGAUGACCGUACAGUUCUCCGAUUAGGGUUCAUUUGUCUGUUUUGCAUUUGAAGGGGAAAAAACUAAUUGAGAAGCCGAUUGAUCAGAGACAUGUUUGGAUUGAAGCGAUUAGUGCCUCAUGCUUGCUCGAUACGAGCUUCUUUAACAAUGCAGCUCUCUGUUUACGAGGAUAAAUUCCUUGUUUUUCCUUCGCAGCAUUUAGCUCAGCUAACUUCCAAUCGAUUCCUCGACAUUUAUCAGGGGUGGUGUUUUAGAUUAAGAUUGAUUUUUUCGGGUGUUUGCAGCUUGGAAAUAAAACAGCCAUUGAGAAAGAGCGCGCUCGGCUAUGAAAUUAAUAGAGGAUACUUUGCCGAUAUGUCAGAGCUAAAGCAACAUGGUGGAAAGAUUGCAGCUGCUAACAAGAUUCUAAUUCCGGCUAUGGCUGCUGUAAAAUUUCCGGAGUUUGAAGUGAGUUAUUCUGAUGGUAAAACGUUGAAGCUACCGAUUAAAUCUGAUGUGAAUGUGAUUGAAGGCAAUAGUUCGCCAUCGGGCUUGCCAAUGGCCACGUUACUUUGUCUUUCUUUCAGAGCUAACUCCCAGGCCAUGAUUGAUUCUUGGAGUGCCUCUUUUCUCAAUGCCUUUUCUAGUUCAAACAAUGUCCAGUUAUAUGAGGUUUCAUUUAUAGAUUCGUGGUUCUUAUGUCGAAAUCCAAUUAAGAAACUGCUUCUUCGGCUAAUGAGGAAAUCUAGUGGCAAUGCACAAAAUGAUUCACUUCAGAGGCAGAUUGUAUACUCAUUUGGCGACCAUUAUUACUUCAGAAAGGAGCUAAAAAUACUAAAUCUUCUCACUGGGUAUGUAUUCCUGGUUGAUAAACUUGGUAGAAUAAGAUGGCAAGGCUUUGGAUUGGCAACUCAAGAGGAGGUGUCAUCUCUUCUUUCAUGUGCAUCACUUCUUUUGGAAGAGAAAUGAGCAAUUAUCCUCCAUAAAAUGAUUCCCCUCCAGAAGUUCUGUUCUAGGGCGAUGCAGGAAAAGUUACCAAGCAAUAGUAUCAAUGAAUAAAGAUAUGAGUUUGAAAUGCUGUGAAUUAAAACCAAGAUUUUGUGGGAGCUUAGUUUCUUGAAAAUGAGCAAUAUCAGUUGACGAGAUGACUGUUUUGUUUUGUUUUUUCCCCAACAAUUGUGGCUAGCUAGAAGUUGAAUUAUCAAUUUUUGUAAUGGUAGUUGACCUCUUAUUGAGGUCUUUUUUGUUACAUAAAUUUAUGCUCUUUUUUGUAUUUGUUGGUGUAUGGGGUAAAGAGAGUUAUUAUAAGUCUUACGUUAUUAUAGUUGAAUUAUAAUAGUUUGUGUUUGGGUGUA